AUGUAUUCUUCUUUCCCGCUCAACGUCCCUAUAGUUGCGAAAACGAUUGAAAGAACCAAAACUGGCGGCAAUAGCGUCGUCAAGAUUGAUAUCCAAACCAUCGAGUUCCCGGCAGUAGAGGCCGGCCUCCCAGAAGGGUGCGAGACUACUGACUCCAGGACUACCCAUGAAAAGAUGUUCACUUUCAUCAGUUCCCUUAAGAUGCUCCGGCAACCACUCGAGCAGCUACUGCAAAAUCAUGAUCAUCCUCAUUGCAUUGUUGCUGACAUGGUCUUUCCAUGGACAAUUGAUGCUGCCGCUAAAUUUGGUAUCCCAGUGCUUGUUUUUAAUUCAACCAGUUUUUUGUCUGUGUCCGCAGGGGUGAGCAUGCGACAGUACAAGCCUCAAAUGGAAGUUUCAUCUGAUUCUGAACCAUUCGUCAUCCCUAACUUUCCUGGAGAGAUAAAGUUGACAAGGAUGAAACUGUCAACCCCCACUGAUAACAAAUACGGUGAAACAUUCCUUUCCGACCUCAUGAAAGAAGUUGGAGAAUUCGAGGUGAGGAGCUAUGGGAUUAUUUUGAACAGCUUCUACGAGCUCGAGCCAGCUUAUGCAAAUCAUUACACAAAGGUUUGCGGAAGAAAGGCAUGGUAUAUAGGCCCAGUUUCACUCUGCAACAAGGACGCUGAAGACAAAGGUCAGAGGGGAAAAGAACCCUCGAUUGAUAAACAUGAAUGCAUGAAUUGGCUUAACACAAAGCAUAUUAAUUCAGUUGUUUAUAUAUGUUUCGGAAGCUUGUCUAACUUCCUUGAUUUUCAGCUAAUGGAGAUUGCAAUGGGUCUUGAGGCUUCUGGGCAGCAAUUCAUCUGGGUCAUGCCCACUGUGUGCGAAUGGAAUAUGUUAAAUGAAAGGGCGCCCAUGUGGAGUAGACCCCUCCUCUACUGA